AUGGAUACUAUCAAACAGCGAGAAGCUCUGAAGGACAUGGUUGUCGGGCUCAAUAGCCAAGGCGUGCACUUCCUGAGGCGUGGGGAUUUCCGCAAUGCCACCACUGCUUUUUUGGCGGCUCUUCAGAAUACCAAGAUUCUGCUCGAUGCCGCGGCGGCAGCGUCUUCCCCCAUGGCCAACCAGUGCCAUGCAGAACGUUUUCAACAUCCCGACCAACAGCAAAACCUUGUACCCACCGAGAUCCCCAGCAAAGCAGCGUGUGACAGCAAUGAUACCAUCUUUGCAGUCUUCAAUCAAUGUCUCGUCUUCCCCGACAGAGCCAGUCUUGACCGAGUCUGGGCUCGGAACGAAGACCUCAUCCCUUGUAUAAUGCUGUACAAUGUCGGCGUUUGUCUUCAGAUCCAGAGCCUGCAAACUGGAAGCAGUGCCCUGGCAGAACGAGCACUGGCCGCCUACGAGAUUGCCAUGACCAUCCUGAACGGCAUGGACUCGGUCGUUAUGAGCUCGGAUGCAUUGCUGCUCUUCUUGGCCGUGCUCAGCAAUGCCGCAAGUCUAGAGAGUCAACGCUUCAACACAAACACGUCCACCGCCUAUGCGGACCUGAUCCGUCAAGUGCUGGAGAAUCAAGAGUUCUCCGAUCUGCUGGCGGAACCCGUCUUUGACUUUUUUGUCCUCUACCUCUUCUUGACGCCGAGAAUGUGCCGAUCAGGCGCCCCCGCCGCCUAGUAGCAACCGGUAGCUAGCUACCGUAGUGGGGCUUGCGGGAUCAUUGUCUGCUUUGAUUGUUGCCCGUACGCUACUCGACCCGGCACUUACUACAUGACUAACUACAGAAUGAAGCCUCCAUCUUCUCUACUUCCUCUCAUAUCCAUAACACAGCUGUUAAAUAGUCCAUCAUUAUCUAUUUGC